UCACAUUGCUCACUGCAAGUCAGGAAUCCAAAGGGGAAAGGCACAGACGAGCUGCUUCCCUCCUCUGGUUUUUUAUCUCAAAGAGAAAAUUAUUUUUGCAUGCUCCGCUUUAUAAAUCUCCCCGGGACUUUUGAGACUAUGCAAACCAAUGCUGUGCUUAUGAUCUGAGAUGGAGAAAAUCUCGGCAGAAGAUGACUGUGUGGACUCAGGAGCGGAGACUGGAGGGUCUGAUUACAGUCCCAUGUCCUCAGCGAGCAGUGAGCUAUCCAUGGGCGAGCUCCAAGAUCCCUUCCUUGUCAGCGUCCACCUCAUCGCCGACCCGGGCCAAAGCAAGUUGCUGCAGCACGCCGCCGACACCGUGCUGGCGUGGGUUCACCCGGAGCUGCAGCUCUUCCGCGUCUCUGAACGUGCCUCCUCCUUGUCCCAGCGCCCCCGGCACAAGCGGCUCCAAAAUGGCAGCGCGACAGGGGCCUGCCAGCCGUCUUUGGCAAUCAUCCUUUUCCUCCAGGAAACAUACGGAGGCGAGGAGCAGAUACUGAAGCUGCACCGCACACUGCAGCGGCCGCCUUGGCGCUACCACCACACCGAGAAAGUCAGCAAUGGCCGGCGCAUGCUGCCACUAGCACCCUGCAGUCAGGACUUCUUCAUCCUGGCCCCCGGCACGCCGCUGUGGGCCGUGCGGCAGGUCCACUACGGGAAGGAGAUUGUGCGUUUUACUGUGUAUUGCCGCCAUGAAAAUUACGUUGACAUGGUGCGGCUGUACAAGCUGCUACUUCAGCGGAGGGUAGCGCAGAAGAAGGAGGACUUCUGCUUCUUCGUGGUGUACUCCAACCCAGAUACAGAGAUCCAGCUGUCAUUCAAGAGGCUGCCGCGGGGGCAGAGCCCGGCGGCCACAGAGUCGGCGGUGAUGGAGGUGCGGGUACGGGACGUUGGGGCGCUGGUACCUCUGCUGCCACGCCCCUGCAGCCCAAUCAGUGAUGUGCGCUGGCAGACCGAGGACUACGAUGGGAAUAAGAUCCUGCUGCAGGUCCAAGGUGCACGCUUCAAAUGCACACCGGACACCUCCCUCGCAUCGUCCUCCUCUGCCACUGAAUCGGUCUCAGCUCCAUCCACCUUCAGCCGCAGCGCCGCCUCUUACAGGAACCGCCGGUACCAUCGCAUGUCGUCGCGCACCAGAGUCCAGAACCAGGCGUCCCACAACUCGCUCCCCUUGGCAUGUGAGGAGCAGGACGAGGAAGAGCAGUGGACUGACCGGCGCUAUCCAGACGUGUGGAGGAACCAGUGGAAGAACAACCGGUCCACGUCCCUCUUCUCUCUGCCCAACCUGGGGCACACCACUUCCCGGUCAACCUCCUCCUCUCCGGGACCUUCCCAAAACUCCCACUACAGGAGCUGCUCCCUCACACGGAGCUCCUCCCUUAUCCCGCCCUUCCGGCUGAACCUGGACGCACUGGUCGGCGCUGAGGAGACAGAUGUGGACACGGGGAACAAAGUGGACACAGGGAACAAAGUGGACACAGGCCGCGGUGUGGACAUUUCCGUGGUGUCUGCAUACAUCAAACCCUCCAGCCUUCCGCGGACUUCCCGGCCAUUAUCAGUACCAUCAGAAGACAAAAGCCCCCCCCUCUCUCCUGGUGUUUCGGGCAACGGCGUCACUAAGGCGUCCACUUUGGGGAGGCCGCCUGUUCCUGUAAGAACAAGUAGUCUGUCUUCCAAAAGCACGCCGUCUACCUUGCUGAGGUCGCACCCCCAAAGUGGCUGUCUGAACACAAGCACUGCUCCAUCCCUGAGUGAUGUUUCCCUAAACCAGUGGGACAGUUCCAGCAGCAUAAACGGACCAAGUGAAGACAAAAUCUGCCAAAAGGCUCACAAGAUAGAGGAAGAAGACCAAGAAUUCUACAUUUAAUAAGCUGGUUUAUACUGAAGGGACUCAAAUUAGCCAGUGAGGAAAACAGACUUUAGGGUAGGAACACAGUCAAUAUAGCUCUCCCCUGCCCCCUGGUGUGUAGUAGUGAAAUUACAGAGGACUACAACUGCAUAAAGGGAAGCCCAUCAAACUUUACUGCAUCAUCACACUUCUCUGUGUUCAUAUGGCAUUUUCAUAUAUUUGUGUUAAUGACUUUUUGUAUGUACAUUUAAGGUAGACUCUCUUUGUAAAUAUCAGGUUAUAUGAGUAAAUAUAAAACAUUACACAAAGAGUCAAUCACAUAACAGAGUUCAGAUCCAGUUCAGAUACACUGUUCAAUAAAAUCAUUCUCUCCUGUGUACAAGCUACCACUUUUAGGCAAAUUCGCAAUCCUGAUUUACAUAUUAUUUAUUUUUUGUGUUUAUUCUGAACAGCAAGUAAGG